UCUCCGCCGUGCUCACUACAUUUGCUAUCAAAUCUCCACCGGCCGCAGUUUUUAUUUUUAUUUAUUUUUUUCGGGGUGGUGGUGGUGGUGGGUCAUGUGGUGUUUUGCGGACUGGAGUUAGGAGGGACAAGUGGGUAUAGGGCAUCUGGAAACUGGUUUGGAGAAUGCGGGAAGACGACUCCUCCCCAAUGGACAGUGCGGGGAACAGUGAGGAGGAGACCGAGCGGCAGCUACCGAGGAGGGGCGCCAGGAAGCGGCGGGCGGCGGCGCGCAGGGGCGCGGACGACCUGGACGCGGAGAUUCCCAAGAAGAGAUGCAGGAAGAGCUGCGGCCGAGCAGGCGGCGCUGCCAGUAGCGGCGGCGGAGGCAGCGUGGGAAGCGAAAGCAGCGAGGCCAGCAGCAGCCCCGCUCGCUCCAUCGACGAUCUGCAGAACCAGCGCGUCAUGGCCAACAUCCGAGAGCGCCAACGCACGCAGUCGCUCAAUGAGGCCUUCACGUCCCUACGCAAGAUCAUCCCCACGCUGCCGUCGGACAAACUCAGCAAAAUACAGACGCUCAAGCUCGCCGCCCGCUACAUCGACUUCCUGUGCCAGGUUCUGCAGAGCGACGAGUUGGACGCGCGGGGGUCCAGCUGCAGCUACGUGGCGCACGAACGUCUCAGCUACGCCUUCUCGGUGUGGAGGAUGGGGGACGCCUGCUCCGUGUCAACCACAAGCCACUAGUGGAUGGGCGACAUGAUGCUCCACUUUGAAGAACCGGCGGCUCGGUCCAACUCUCAAUAACAAAAACGGAACCAUGGAAAAGUGCAGCUGAGGCCCAGCUGCUGAACUUCAUUCCAGCGAGGAGAGCGCGAUGUGCGAUAUUUCCCGUUGCAGGGACUGUUAUGUUUGCAAGGGAGCACUUAUAGGACAAGACGGAUAUGAAGAGAGACCACUGCGACUAUAUGAAUGUUGUAAAAACAAAAUCAGCUCAGAGGAACGUGCUCUGUUUUGAAAUGGGGAGAAACAACACAAUUCUUUUUCCAGUCCUCGCGACAAUGUUUCGCAGCAAAUGGAGUAUUUUGUAUUUAUUUUUCUACUGGUGAGAAAUCCAUUUGCCCCAGUCAAAUAAAGUUUGAGAUAUUUAUUUUGGGGGGUAUCGCAGAAUGCUGAA